GUGCUAUCCACGUGUUUCGCAUCGUGUGAUUUGUGCCGUAUGCCGAUAGCCGCCGUAUAAUAGCUAAUUAUUAUAUACGUUAAAUAUAAUUAAAAUGACCACAAAAAGGAAAGGAACUUUUAAAGUUGAGUAUCUUCAACAAAUUGAGAGAAAGAUACAAGCAAAAUGGGAGGCAGCAAAGAUAUAUGAAGAGGAUGCACCUUUGGAGGAUAAGAAGUCAUCAGAUGAAAAGUUCUUUGGAACUUUUCCAUAUCCGUACAUGAAUGGACGUCUCCAUCUGGGUCAUACUUUCUCAUUAUCAAAAUGUGAAUUUGCAAUUAGAUACAAUCGUUUACUUGGAAAAAGAGUACUUUUUCCUUUUGGCUUUCAUUGUACUGGUAUGCCUAUUAAGGCAUGUGCUGAUAAAUUGAAAAGAGAAAUAGAAUUAUAUGGCUAUCCACCACAAUUUCCUGAGGAAUUAGAGACAGUAGAAGAACAAGUGGAUGAUGUAAUACCAAAAGAUAAAAGCAAAGGAAAAAAAAGCAAAGCAGUUGCCAAAGUAGACUCAGUCAAAUAUCAAUGGCAAAUUAUGCAAGCCCUUGGUCUAAAAGAUGAGGAAAUUAAGAAUUUCACAGAUGCUGCAUACUGGUUGGACUACUUUCCACCACUUGCUGUGCAAGACUUAAAAUCUGUUGGGCUACAUGUGGAUUGGCGAAGGACUUUCAUUACAACAGAUGCAAAUCCAUUUUAUGACUCUUUUGUACGCUGGCAAUAUAAGCAUUUGAAAUCCAGGAACAAGAUUAAGUAUGGAAAAAGAUAUACCAUUUAUUCACCGAAAGACGGACAACCUUGCAUGGAUCACGAUAGAUCUUCCGGCGAAGGUGUUGAACCACAAGAGUACACAUUGAUCAAGAUGAAAGUACAGGAACCUUAUCCUCAGCAACUUGAGAAACUUUGUGGUAAACCAGUCUAUCUCGUAGCUGCAACUUUGAGACCUGAGACAAUGUAUGGUCAAACGAAUUGUUGGGUGCAUCCAAGUAUGAAUUACAUAGCAUAUGCUUUAACAUCUGGAGAUGUAUACAUUUCUACGGAACGUGCGGCAAGGAAUAUGUCUUAUCAAAAUUUCUUCAAAGAGGAGGGGAAGAUAAAUGUGCUUCUGAAGCUCACUGGCAAAGAUAUAUUGGGACUACCAUUGAAAGCCCCUCUCACUUUUAACAAUGUGAUCUAUGCAUUGCCGAUGUUGACGAUACAAGAAGAUAAAGGUACCGGUAUCGUAACUUCUGUUCCCAGCGAUUCGCCCGAUGAUUAUGCCGCAUUAACAGAACUGAAAAAUAAACAGCCACUUAGAAAGACGCACGGAAUCACCGAUGAGAUGGUGUUGCCGUACGAUCCAAUACCAAUCAUCGAUGUCCCGGAACUUGGCAAUUUAGUGGCGGUGCAAUUGUGCGACCAGUUAAAGAUUCAGUCUCCAAAUGACAAGAUCAAACUUAUGGAGGCUAAGAAGAUAGCAUACAUGAAAGGAUUUUAUGACGGUGUGUUGUUAGUAGGUCCGCAUAAGGGCAAGAAGAUACAAGAUAUCAAGAAGUUAGUUCAAAAGGAGAUGAUUGACAACGGCGAAGCAGUGAUCUAUUAUGAACCAGAGAAAACGAUCAUUUCGAGGUCGAAUGAUGAAUGUGUCGUAGCUCUGUGCAAUCAGUGGUAUUUGGAUUAUGGCGAAGAGAAUUGGAAGAAGCAGACAUUGGAAGCUUUGAAGAAUCUCAACACCUUUCACGAUGAAGUUCGAAAGAAUUUCACUGUUUGUCUCGAUUGGCUUCACGAACAUGCAUGUUCCAGAACGUAUGGGCUCGGCACCAAGUUACCGUGGGAUGAAAAUUGGCUGAUAGAAUCUUUAUCUGAUUCCACUAUAUACAUGGCUUACUAUACGAUAGCGCAUUUCUUGCAAGGUGGAUCAUUCAAGGGAGAUAAGCCUAAUGUAUACGGAAUAAAAGCUAGCGAUAUGACUUCGGAAGUGUGGGAUUAUAUCUUCUUCAAAGAUGCUAAAUUACCCGAGAGCAACAUAAAGAGAACGGUUUUGGAUCAUAUGAGGCACGAGUUUCAGUACUGGUAUCCGGUAGAUCUGAGAGUAUCGGGGAAAGAUCUCGUACCAAACCACUUCACUUACUUCCUUUACAAUCAUACAGCUAUGUGGCCGAAUGAACCUGAAAUGUGGCCGCAAGGAAUUCGAGCGAAUGGUCAUUUGCUCUUGAAUUCGACAAAGAUGUCCAAAUCAGAGGGCAACUUUUUAACGCUUGCUGAAGCUGUAGAGAAGUUCUCGGCCGACGGGAUGCGCCUUUGUUUGGCUGAUUCCGGCGAUUCCGUGGAGGAUGCUAAUUUCGUCGAAAUUACAGCCGAUGCGGGAAUUUUUAAAUUGUACAAUUUCAUAGAAUGGGUCAAAGAGGUGUUAGCUACGAAAGAUUCAUUUAGACAAGGAGAACCGUGCACUUUCAAUGACAAAGUCUUCGAGAGCGAGAUGAAUUGGAAAAUUCGAGAGACUGGCGAGAAUUAUUCGCGGAUGCUUUACAAGGAAGCCCUUAAGACAGGAUUUUUCGAGUUUCAAACGGCCAGGGAUAGAUAUUUGCAAUUGAGCGUAUUGGACGGUAUCAACUGGAUACUUAUUAUGAAGUAUAUAGAGUUCCAAGUCAUUAUCUUAUCUCCCAUUUGUCCGCAUGUUUGCGAGUACAUAUGGGGACUAAUUGGAAAAGACGGGAGCAUACUGAAUGCAAGAUGGCCCGCGCUGGGGAAAAUAAACGAGAUUCUUAUCAAAUCGUCGCAAUAUCUGGUAAAUGCAACUCAUGCGUUUAGAAUUCUUCUGCAAGAUUAUAUGACGCCAAAGAAGUCUUCAAAGGGAAAGGGCGAUAUAUCCGUCGCGAAGAAACCCACGCAAGGAAUUAUCUGGGUGGCUAAGACUUACCCACUUUGGCAAAGAGUCAUCCUCACGAGCAUGAGAGAGAUGUAUUUUAAAAAUGGGAAUAAAUUACCUGACAAUAGAGAACUCGCCAAGGAGUUGGCAGGCAAAACCGAAUUGAAAAAGUACAUGAAAAGGGUAAUGCCGUUCGCGCAAAUGAUGAAGGAAAAAGUGGAAGUCGCUGGUCUUAGCGUGCUAAACUUGACGCUCGACUUUAACGAGUUCGAUGUGCUCGAGAGCAAUAAGGAUUAUCUCAAGAAUACACUAGGUCUCGAUGAAAUUACCAUAAAGUACACAGACGAAGCCCCAGAGAGAACGAAGAGAGAAUGUUGCCCGGGCGCUCCGUACAUGGAUUUCUUUGACAAGGCUGCAAUUCCAGUACGCAUUAUUAAUCCACAAAGCUAUUGCGGUUUAUUCGAAUUAUCUAUAAAUGUCUCGCAAGCUGAUACAGCCUCAGAUAUCGUAUCUCGUAUCGUGAAGCAAUAUAAAUGUAUAAAAGAUCCCGCUUUGAUCGCGUUGUAUCGAUACGAGGAUCCAGUGAUGGGACCUAGGAUAAAACCAGUGUCAGGGGAGACUUCCAAGGGGAUGAUUGAAAUUUCAGCGGACUCUGUAUUUAAUGUAAAUACGGAAACGGGUAAUGUCGAAGUUAACGUUGCGGGUAACGUGUACUCAAUAGGCGAGCAAUUAGUAUACAUCGAUAGAUCUCUGGAAAAUUAGACGAUGUGCGCUUGAUCAUGUCGAAAACAUUUAGAUCAUUACAUUGUAUAUGAGUAUAUAAUAA